AUGGUUGAGGCGGAUCGCCCCGGGAAGCUCUUCAUUGGCGGGCUCAACCCCGAAACCGACGAGAAAGGCCUCGAGGCCGCGUUUGGCAAGUAUGGCCGCAUCAGUGAGGUGCUCUUGAUGAAAGAUCGAGAAACCAGCAAGUCCAGGGGCUUCGCGUUCGUCACCUUCGAAAGCCCGGCAGACGCCAAGGCUGCCUCCAGAGAUAUGAACGGCAAGACCCUGGAUGGUAAAGCCAUCAAGGUGGCCCAGGCCACCAAGCCGGCGUUUGAGAGCGGCCGGCGGGGCGCGCCGCCGCCGUCCCGCAGCCGUGGUCGCUCGAGGGGCCUGCGCGGGACCCGCGGGGGCGGCCUUGGCCCGCGGCGACCCCCAUCCCGGGGCGGGCCGGCGGACGACAGCAGCUACGCGGGGGAUUUCGACUCGCGGUCCUCCAGGGCCCCGCUGCCCAUGAAGCGCGGGCCGCCGCCACGCAGGGCCGGGCCGCCCCCCAAGAGGGCCGCGCCGUCGGGCCUGGCUCGCAGCAGCGGCGGUGGAAUGCGCGGGCGGGCCGCGGCCGCACGGGGGCGAGACGGCUAUGCAGGCCCACCGCGCCGGGAGCCGCCACCCCCGCGCCGGGACCCCUACCUGAGCCCCCGGGAGGAGGGCUGCUCGCCCAGAGACAACUACUCGAGCCGAGACUACCCUAGCGCCCGCGACCCCCGCGAGUUUGCUCCCUCGCCUCGAGAGUACACCUACCGCGAUUACGGCCACUCCAAUGCCCGGGAUAACUGUCCGUCGAGAGGGUAUGGCGACCGAGACGGCUACGGGGGGCGCGACCGCGACUUCUCGGACCAUCCGAGCGGAGGCUUCUACCGAGACCUAUUCGAGAGCUACGGGGACCCGCUCAGCGCCGCCGCGAUGCGGGGGCCUCCGCUGACGUAUGGCGGGGGAGGCCGCUACGACGAGUACCGGGGCUGCUCGCCCGACGCCUAUGGCGGCGGCCGCGACAGUUACGGCGGCGGCCGUAGCGACCGCUACUCGAGGGGCCGCGACCGGGUAGGCAGAGCCGACCGCGGGCUCUCCCGGUCCUUGGAAAGGGGGUGCCCUCCCCCGCGCGAUUCUUACAGCCGCUCUGGCCGCAGGGUCCCCAGGGGCGGAGGCCGCCUGGGAAGCCGCUUGGAGAGAGGGGGAGCCCGGAGCAGAUACUAA